ACAAUGUUUUCUUUAAACCGAUGUCGUUUUACAUCCAUUUAUUCAAUUGAAAGCAACGAAUAGAGACAGCCCCCUCUCCUCUUCUCUUCUCUUCGCUUUAGCUUAGCUUACUGCUAGGAAAACUGGUAAUAGAGAAAAUGUAUUCGAUCAAAAGUCUUAACCCUACCUGCGCCUUGCUGCCGUUGAAGACACUUAGCCGUGCUUCCGCUUCUCCGUUGCCACCGUGUUUGUCGCCGUCUCUACGGCUCAAGCCCACUUCUGGCCGCAGAGUCUCUCUCGCCGCUCCUAGAGGUUUAGCCCUAAGUUUUCGCCCACUCGAUCGGCGGCUUUCCUUCAGCCAAUCUGUUGUCGCUUUCGCAGCUUCCCACGAGGAAUCAAAGCAUUCGGAAAUAGAAGUGGAGAGAGAAAAGAAUGAAGAAUCAUCAAAUGAAGCAUGGCAACGAGCUUUAGAAGCUUUCAAAGAACAAGCCUUGAAGAUGCAGAACGUGUCCCAAGAAGCUUACGAGAUUUACUCCAAGAAAGCUUUGGUUACUCUGAAAGAAACUUCGGAGCAGCUUAAGAUUCAAGCAGAAAAGGCCAGAAACGAUCUGAUUGAAAUAGUAAAAGAAACCAGUGAAGAAGGCAAAGUUUACCUCUCAACGGCAGCCGAGAAUUCCCCUCCACAAGUCAAAGAAAUUGUCGGAACGUACUAUUCCUCUGCCGAUGAUUUCAAUGACAUUUCCAAAGUUCUUGACUUUCACGUCGGCAUACCUUAUGGUAUCAUUCUUUCAGCCGGGGGAUUCCUUUCUUUCAUGUUGACAGGGAGUGUUUCUGCAAUUAGGUUCGGUGUUAUUCUAGGUGGAGCUCUUUUAGCAUCAAGUGUAUCAAGCUUAAAAUUAUACAAAGGAGGACAGUCUUCUCCUCUUGCCAUCAAAGGGCAAGCAGUCAUCUCAUCUGUCUUAUUUUUUAGGGCGUUAAGCUCACUGAUUCAGACAUCAACUCUGGGCACCUUUCUCACAACCUUAGUCAGUGGUGCGGUGGCGGCAUUCUAUGUGUACAAGCUUCUACCAAAUGACAAGCCAGGCUUAAAACCUGGGAUAGGAAAUUGAAGUGUUCUUUCGAGUGGCAGGAUAGCUAGGUUAAGGUGGCCAAGUUGUCUGAGAUACAUGUAGUGCAUCAUUUUAGCUGUGAGGAAGCACAAUUGGUACCAGAAUAGCAAAAUACAUUCUCUUGUUACUACUGUUAUAGUCCAAUGGGAUAUAAUGAUAUGAGGGGUAGUUUGAUGAAUGCAUUGGUAGAAGAUGUUAAAAUUAACUUUUUAUUCUUCUUUCCGUCGUCAUUAGAAGCUCUGAACAACAACAAUAAUAAUAAUAAUAAGGUUUGAAUUUCUUUUCCUGUUAA